CUAGACAGUUGGUCAGAUUGCAGAUACUUUUGUCAAUUGUCGAGUUCGUGUUUAUUUGCUGCUGUCGGUUUGUAAACAACAAAUAAAAACAAAACAAGUUUCAAAUAAUAAAUAAUUUCGUGCAAUUGUGGGUUGUAAAGUUAUGCAAGAGUUUUGUGAAAAUCUGGAGGAGCUGGAAGAUGAUACUUAUGAUGACGAGAAAUCGGCGCGCACAUCGGAUGAGAAUCGCAAGUUAUAUCCAUUUCUUAGGCAAAAUCACAGCGAGAUUGAGAAGCGGCGACGCGAUAAAAUGAACACAUACAUCAAUGAGCUCUCCUCCAUGAUACCCAUGUGCUAUGCCAUGCAACGCAAGCUGGACAAACUCACCGUGCUGCGCAUGGCUGUGCAACAUCUGCGUGGCAUACGCGGCAGUCUUCAUCCCUACAAUGGUGGCGACUAUAGACCCAGUUUUCUAUCGGAUCAGGAACUCAAGAUGAUCAUACUGCAGGCAUCGGAAGGAUUCCUUUUUGUGGUGGGCUGUGAUCGUGGACGCAUUCUCUAUGUCUCCGAUUCGGUGUCGAGUGUCUUGAAUUGCACACAAUCCGAUCUGCUGGGCCAGAGUUGGUUUGAUGUGCUGCACCCCAAGGAUAUUGGCAAGGUGAAGGAGCAGCUCUCAUCGCUGGAACAGUGUCCGCGCGAACGUCUCAUCGAUGCCAAAACCAUGUUACCGGUCAAGACAGAUGUGCCGCAAAGCCUAUGUCGGCUUUGCCCGGGAGCACGUCGCUCCUUUUUCUGUCGUAUGAAACUGCGUGCGACGAACAAUCAAAUCAAAGAGGAAUCGGACACAUCGUCCAGUUCACGCAGCUCCACGAAACGCAAAUCGAAACUGAGCAUGGAUCACAAGUAUCAGGUUAUACAGUGCACCGGUUACCUAAAAUCAUGGACACCCAUCAAGGAUGAGGAUCAGGACGGCGACACCGAUGAUCAGACAACGAAUCUCUCCUGCCUUGUGGCCAUUGGACGCACGCCCACCAAUGUCCUGCACUCCAACAUGCCCUCGUCGCUGGAUAAUCAACCUAACAUCAGACAUGUGCUCUUCAUAUCCCGUCAUUCGUCUGAGGGCAAGUUUCUGUUCAUUGAUCAACGUGCCACACUGGUGAUUGGUUUUCUGCCUCAGGAAAUAUUGGGCACCAGUUUUUACGAGUAUUUUCACAACGAGGACAUCUCCGCUUUGGUCGAAUCCCACAAAAUGGUCAUGCAGGUGCAGGAGAAGGUGACCACACAGGUUUAUCGCUUUCGUUGCAAGGAUAAUGGUUAUAUUCAGCUGCAGAGCGAAUGGCGAGCUUUUAAGAAUCCCUGGACAAAUGAUAUCGACUAUAUAAUUGCCAAAAAUUCGGUAUUCCUCUAAGAAUAUUCAUUGAUUCCAAGCAUCUUCCUUUUUUACUUGGUUCUCAAAUGAUAUUUUUCAUACAAAUUCCCUUUCCUUAGUUUAUAUUUCACGUUCGAUGAAUUUUUGUGUGUAAAUAGAAACUCAUUAAUUCCUGUAUUCAAAAUAAAGUCAAAA